UGGACACAACGGCGUGCUCUCACAUUUACGCACGAUAUGACAAGGAAAACUCAAUGCUUAUUUUGCAAGUGUGAGAGAAAGUGGAAAAAUAUGUUUUGGAAUUGAAGCACAAUACCUUUUAACCUUUUGGCAUGGAUGUAUUUUUCAACUAAUAGGUUGACAGGCUUACUUCCCAUAGUAUUAUAUACUAGCCUACUACCGUGUAAUAACCUACUGAUUCGGUUAUAGGCCUACGUGUAGUGGGUAGGCUACUUUAUAAAUUAAUUGUUUUCUCUCUACUCGACAUAUUCAGAGAACUGAAAAUGGAAAAUGUUACUGAAGCUCAAGAAAAUCAGACUUGGGGGACUUGGACGGACCAAAUAAUCGAAUACAAAGUGGUGAGCACUUUGUUAGUUUUCGUGAUAUGCGCCUUUGGGAUCGUUGGUAAUGUUAUGGUGAUCUUAGUGGUGCUUACCACUAAACACAUGAGGACACCCACCAACUGCUACCUGGUGAGCUUGGCCGUUGCAGAUCUCAUCGUACUAACUGCUGCGGGCUUACCGAAUAUCACGGACAGCAUCUUCGGGUCUUGGGUGUUCGGCCGAUCAGGAUGUCUCGGAAUCACCUACCUCCAGUACCUGGGAAUCAAUGCAUCGUCCUGCUCUAUCACCGCCUUUACCAUCGAAAGGUACAUCGCUAUUUGCCACCCGAUAAAAGCCCAGUUGCUGUGCACACUGUCCAGAGCCAAGAAGAUAAUAUUGUUUGUCUGGGUUUUCACUUUACUUUACUCCGUCAUGUGGUUCUACCUGUCAGAUAUCAAAGAAGAAUCAUAUGAGAACGGCGUGACCAUCGUGACAUGCAGCUACAAAGUUUCAAGACAACUCUAUUUGCCCAUUUACUUUUUGGAUUUCGGGAUAUUUUUUGUUGUGCCGCUUAUGCUGUCAACCAUUCUGUAUGGUCUCAUCGCCAGAAUCCUGAUCAUGAAUCCGUUACCUUCUGAACGCAAGGAUAAAAGUAAAAAUGAACAAAGCAACACAACGAGGGGAUGUAAAAAUUCCCACCACACCAGCACUACCGCUACUUCUCGGAGACAGGUGACCAAGAUGCUGGCUGUGGUGGUGAUCCUGUUCGCUGUGCUGUGGAUGCCAUACCGCACCCUGGUGGUGGUAAACUCCUUCCUGGAGCAGGCCUACAUGAAUACCUGGUUUAUCCUCUUCUGUCGGAGCUGUGUCUACAUCAACAGCGCAAUCAACCCCGUCAUCUACAAUGCUAUGUCGCAGAAAUUCCGUGCCGCCUUCCGCAAGCUCUGCCUCUGCGGACGGAAAGGCUCUGAGAAGCCUACCGGCGGCACGUACAGCGUGGCGCUAACCUACAGCGUGGUCAAGGACACAUCUAUGGUGGAGACUACGGACCAAUUCAACACAGAGCUGGACGAGAUCAUGGUAACCUGUGAGUUGCCUGACAAGAAGAUGGCGUUUCAGGACACCUGUGUGCACAACAAGGUGACUUUAUGCAAUGACUGAUGUUGUAAGGUUCGAGGUUCAGGGUUCAGUCACUGAAGAUGACAGCUCCUCUAAGUCUUGAGGGAUGUGCUGAGGCCACAGGAAUCUGACUUGCUCUCAACUGUCCAUUUUCACUCACACUGAAGUUGACUAUCAAGAGACCCAAGCUUGACCUUCGGUGAGUAAUUGUAAGGCCCCAUGUACAGUACAAUGUGAAGGCUAUGUGGUGACACAUUACUGUGUUGUGUUAGCUCUUCAGACACAAGUCCCAAGAGCAGACACACGUUUCAAGUGUGUGCUCUUGGGACACAGACAAUGUGAACUGCCCUGGUGUGACUCAAAUCGCACAUUUUCCACUCUUAAUGAGACCUCAC